AUGGUGAUGAAGUCUGAGGACAGAAAGGGAGAGGAAGUCAGCUGUGUGGGGUUUGAGAUCUUGCCGUCUGAUGACAGUUGGAGACGCCCUGCCCUGGAAGAGACGGAGAAUGGAACAGAGAGGAUUCUGGGAGGAGAUCAGUUUCAGGUUGUUGGUCCAGCUGGUCCUUUUAUUGCUGUAGCUGGUGAAGACCUGGUUCUGCCCUGUUCUCUCAAACCCAACAUCAGUGCUGUGGACAUGACAGUGGAGUGGAGUAGACUCCAUGGAUCAGACACUCUAGUGCAUCUGUACACAGAACAUGAAGACAGAAAUGAGAAACAGAGUCAGUCCUAUAGAGGGAGGACAGCACUGUUUAAAGAGGAACUGCAGAAAGGCAACACUUCAUUAAAACUCUCCAGAGUGAGAGUCUCUGAUGAAGGACAAUAUAAAUGUUUGAUUGAUAAUAAAAACUGGCAGGGUGAUGUGACUGUUGAAGUCAUAGUUGAAGCUGUUGGAACCGAGCCUGUGAUCACUGUGACAGGCUGUGAUUACUCAGGAAGGCGGAGUCUGUCGUGUGAAUCUACAGGUUGGAACCCUGAACCUUUGGUUUUGUGGUUGGACAGUGAAGGAGAGAUUCUCCCAGCAGAGGCUACACAGACAGAUGAAGACACAGAGGGUUUCAAUGUGAAGCAACGUGUUAUUGUACAGGACAGUGAUGCCAACAGACUCCGCUGUAGAGUAACAAUUAGAGACCGCAUGAGGGAGACAGAGAUUUUCAUCCCAUUGGCGUUUGUUCAAGAAGUACUGUCAGCUCAUAAAGAAGCAGACAUGAGUGGCAUAAAACUGAAGAAUCUUGGUGUGGAGCUCUGUGCUGAAUUGAAAAAUCCUCGCUGUAUAGUGGAGAAACUGAGGCUGUUUGACUGUAAACUGACUGAGAAAAGUUGUGGAGUUCUGGCCUCAGUUCUCAGAUCAAACUCCUCCAGUCUGAAAUUCCUGGACCUGGGUUGGAAUGAUCUGUAUGAUUCAGGAGUGGAGAAGCUCUCUGCUGGCCUGGAGAGUCCUGACUGUAAACUGGAGACACUGUGGUAA